UGUGUGUGUGUGUGUGUGUGUGUGUGUGUGUGUGAGAGAAUUGUAUUUCCUUUACAGGAGCAUCAAGCCCAAAGAAAAAGUGGAUAUAGAAAUUGCCACUUUGGUUGAAGGUAAGUAUUUUUUGUGUCCAUGUAAUGUGGCAAUUUAUAGAUUUUGUCAACCUUAUUAAACAAGACAUGACAUGCCUAACCUAAUUUUGAAUUUUAAUGUAUUUCUAACAAGAAAAUGUAUGUGCAUUUGCAGAUGCCCAACAUCAGGCAGAUUAGGAAGUGGGAGAGGAAGACCAAAAAAUGGACCCAAGAGGCAAUGGACCAGGCCAAGCAGGAGGUGGAAGCAGGCAGGCUCUCUCUACGGCAGGCAGCCAUGAGGUUUGGGGUCCCUAAGUCCAGCCUGAGUGACCGAGUCAGCGGAAGAGUGGCCUCCGAUUUUUCCAUCUGUUGGAGGUCACUCCUCACCCAUGCAGACGAAGACUCCCUGGUGGAGUACUGUCUGUACUCUGCUCUGCAUGGGUUUCCGCUCCUGGCCGAAAUAAACUACAACAAAAGCACUGGCAAGGUCAGGAGGAAUGUCACCAAGGCCAGGAUACUGACAGCCCAGGAGAUGUCCGACACCAUCGAGGAGGUGGAGGACCGUGCUGCAAGGCAGGAGGCCCAAGCUCUGGCCAGAAGAGACCGAGAGCAGCAGCGGGCCAGAGACACCAGCCCGGCAGCCACUUCCUCUACCCUGCCUAGCGGCUCCCGCCCCAGCCACAGAAAACUUGGCCCCUCGGGGCUGCGCCAGCAACCAGCUCCGGCAUUUCCAUCGCCGGUCCCUCAGCACCCUCUGCCCCCUCUUGUGCCUCCCACGAUCCCCAGCUGCCUGCCACCAGCGGCAGACCAUCCGGGACGAGCCUGCCUGCAGAGGGACACCACCAUCCUCCAUCUCCUGAGCCUUCCACAUCGGGCGCAGGAUUGGGCCGCCAAGGGUCCACUUCUUCCUCUCCCUCCCACU